CGGAAUAAAGGAGUUAGUGUUAAUGAAGAGCAGAGACUCCACAACGACCUUUAACUCUUUGGAUAAUUUAAAGUGUCAAAAAUAAGCUUUUAUUCUUUCAGACACGUUUCCAGUUACUUUGAAGUAUUUUUCAGCCAUUUUAGGCAAGUUUCAUGUUUUUUUUGGCCAAAUUUGAAUUCCUUUUGCAUCUUUUUUGGUAAUUUUUUCCCCAUUUUUCUGUCAUUUUGGACAUUUUGAGUCAUUUUGACAAUUUCUGAGUUAUUUAAGAGACAUUUAAAGUUAUUUGGGAACAAUAUUCAGUCAUUUUGUAGAAGUUUCAAAGAAUUUUGGAUGCAUUUUUAGUCAUAUUGGACUCUUUGAGUCAUUUUGACAGUUUUUAAGUCAACAUAUUUCAAAUUGAUUUGGACAAUUUUUGAAUCAUUUAGGAGGCAUUUCAGGUUAUUUUGGACAGUUUUUUAGUCAUUUCAGACAUGUUUCAAGGUAUCGUAGAAAAGGUUCAAAUCAUUUUGACAAAUACUGACUAAUUUUGGACAUUCUGCACCAUUUUGACCAUUUUGAGUAAUUUAGGACAUGUUUCAAGAUAUUUUGGACCUUUUUUUUAGUCAUUUUGGAUGAUUUUUAAAUAAUUUUGGACGCAUUUUUUUUUGUCAUAUUGGUCAUUUUGAUCAUUAGUAGUACUACUCAGUACAAGGUUUUAUUCGUUUCACCACCAUCUCCAUUUUGUUUGCUUUGAAAUGAUCUUCACGUUGUCACAGUUUUUAUUUUACACUUCUAAAGAGCAGAUCCUCACCAUACGGGACCUUCAUAUGCGACUCUAGAAACUGAGUUUGAAUUAAUGAGAUUAGAUUUGAUGUCUUUGGUGGAAACAUUUCAUUCAUAGAGCAGAAAAUUCUGCAAAGUUCAGAUAGGGGUCAGCUUGAGGUUCAACGCUUCAUCGUCCAGAUCGCUGUUGAGCAGGUUCUCCUCACAUCGUGGAGAAGCCAGACAGACAAGGUUCCCUCUGAACCAUGUUCUGGGUUCGUUUCUCACAUCAGCAGCCGGUUAGAUGCAGUCUGUGUUUGGCUGCAGUUAUGAAACAGAUUUGUCAUCUCUCUUCUCUCUUUCUUUUCGAGCCCACGCCACCUCCAGCUGGCCCCCGGGCCGCCAGGAGGAGGAUGGGGGUCGUUCUUUCUCUCAGCUCUCGUCUCUCAAUUUAUUUUUGUCACCGUUAAAACAAAUCCUCUCUCUGAGGUGAGCAGCUUCUCCAGCUUUAAUUACUGACAUAGCGCCUGAUGUCAACGCUCCACACGCCUCAGUUUAUCAUUUACACAUUACACCUACAGAUCGCAUCCAGUGGGCCGGAUUAGACCCUCUGGUGGGCCAGUUUUGGCCCAUGGGCCACUUGUUUGACACCCCUGCUCUAAAACAAAGGGAAACAUUUGGAGUUGUGGCUAUUUGUAGGUUACUAUGCUCUGGUUUUACUGAUAUCAGGAGAAGUGACACCGACAGAGCAGCAGUUCAUGCAAGCAGUGCCAGCAUCAGUUCUGAGGAUUCUCUCUGAUCUUUGGGUUUAUAUUGUAGUUGGGAGAAGGUCAGAUUUAGAUUACAGAACAAUAUGGAGACAACUAGUCUGCUUAGUCAUGUCAGAAUAGAGAAUAUCUAAUCCUGACCAGAGCAGAGAGUUCUGGUAUAUCUUUCCCCUACAGCGUCUGCCUGUCUGAAGACAGUUUGGGAUUACAUGGAAGCACUUUAGAAAAGGGAAAGAGUCAUUUUUCAUUCACAAUGUCUCAUGUUUUUCUGUAUUUUUGUUGACUUGGAUUCUCUCCUAUGUUGAUGCUCCUCACAUUUCUCUCACUGUACGUUUUUAUCUACCAUAGUCAAUUCAAUUUUCAAUUCAGUUUCAAUUCCAUUCAUUUAUAUGAUGCCAAUUCCAAUUCACAUUGUCUCAAGAUGCUUUACAGAGCCCAAAUGGCCUCAACCAUACUUACCAUAGAAGCAACAUGACAUGACACCAGAGUAAAUAAAAAAAAUAGAAAAAUGACUGUUAACUCAAAGGCAGUGUUAAUUUUGUCAACGAGAACUUAAACAAAAACUUUUCGUUGACGAUCCUUUUUCCGUGACUAAUUUGUGAGGAGAACGUAAAUUUAAGAAGCACUGACAACAAAAAUUAAAACAAAAUCUCUGUUCAUUAUCAACUGACGAGUAAAGACGUGAUGAACAAGAUGAAGCUGGCCGGCCGGACAAUCUAGAUUACAACCAUCCUCUAUGCCUUGGUUGUUUUUCCUUUUAACCAGUUAAUUAUCUUAACGAUCUUAAUUAUCUCAGUGUAUCUUUAUGAUUGGCACUCCCUCACCCUCACCCCCCGCCACGCAGUGAUGGUGCACGUCCAGCUCUGCCACACAGAGGCCUUGGCUCCAUAGCUGGGACGCAGCAAUUAUGACGAGUGGAUUAUCAACUUCACGUGCGGCUGCUACUUGUCAAGUGGGAAGAAAAAGAAGAGAAGAUUUAUGGACACACUUCUGUUACCUUCCAGCCGAACGAAAGACUGAGUGUAUCGUUCCUAACGAGGAUGGAGAGCCUUGUGGAUUUAAGUUUGGCGGAAAAAACACGACAAAUUUAAAAAGACACCUGAAGGCCCGCCAUCCUGUAGUAUCUGACAAGGUAAAUAUGAAAAUGGAGAUUGCUACGACAGCAUGUGCAGUGAGUUUUAGGAUUAAAUUACAUGUAAAUCUAAGUAACCUUAAGCCAGUGGUGAAGCUGAAACUUAAUAUGCGGGUGUGCUUACACUAUUUGAGAAUAAGCUAGCAGUUAACUUAAGCUAAUGUUAACUUUUUGUCUAAGCUAGCAUUAAUAUUUUUAGCCCGCGGCUAAAAAUAUUAAUGCGUUAAUGUGUUGCUGUAGUGGAGAGAGGUAUGGAGUGAAUGGAGGGAGCGGUGACGGUAAGAAAGCUGUGAAUCAGAUAAAUAACGGGUUAUUAACCCCGCCAAGGAGGUUAUGUUUUAACCGGCGUUUAUCUCUCUGUCUGUCUGUUAGCAAGAUACCUCGAAAAGUUAUGAACGUAAUUUCAUGAAAUUUUCAGGAAAUAUAGAUUAUGGCACAAUGAACAGAUGAUAAAAUUUUGUUUACGUUCUUAACUCCAUGUGUUUAGACAUUGUACCAGAUGUUUUUUACUUGUUCUACAACGUUAUGGCCUGCACUACAAAAUUCUCAGCUACCCCAGCACUAGUGUAAUGGUUAAUGGUUGUAAUCUUAUUUGAGAUGACUGUGUUCUUUGCUUUAGGCCGCAACUCAGAUUGCUAUAGUGUACUACAUAGAUAUGAUUAUGAAAUAAUUCAGGCAGUACAAGUAACACCUUUUUUCCUCUCGGCCCUUCAGAUUCCAGAGACUCUGACUGUACCUGUACUACAGAAAAUGGAUAGUGAAAAGGAAAAACAACAGCCAAAACAGACAACGAUUCCAAACAUGUUCACUUCCGCAUUAAAGUACCAUCCAGAUAGUAAAGAACAAAAGACAAGAGAGAGAGCUCUGGCUUUGUGGAUAGGUCGUUCUGGUCUUCCAGUUCGUACAGUGGAAGACAAGGACUUCAUUAAAAUGAUGGAAGUGGUUGACAAGAGUUUUGUGAUCCCCAAAAAAACAAAACGAACAACCUCAUUGAGAGUACUUACAAGGAUGAAAAGGAGAAGUAUAAAGAGAGACUGGCUUCUGCCUUGACAUUUGGACAACCAAGGGACUUAAUGCUUCCUUCCUUGCUAUAAGUGCAUCCUAUUUUUGCACUAUCCUGAACAAACCUGAGCACAUACUACUAAGUCUCGAACACAUCUCUCAUCCACAUACUGCUAGUUCUAUCAGAGCAUGUGUUGACAAGUGCACUGAGAUGGGGGAUACCAGACAACAAGAUCCUUACAGUGAUCACAGACAAUGGGAGCAACAUGGUUGCUGCACUUAGACCAGAGGAGGAAGAGGUGCCUAGCUCUGCAAAAAAGGAGGAGAGGAGCAGUGACGGAGAGCAAGAGGAGGAAAGGUAUGGAGGCGUUACGGCACAAACAUGCUGCUUUGUUCACACCCUACAACUGGUUGUCAACAUGAUCCACAAGGACGCUUCCGUUAUUCGUCUGUUGGAAAAGGUAAAAGCCAUUGUGAAACAGUUUCGUAGGUCUUCAGUUGCAACGGAGAAACUUCACCACCUCUGUGGACUUGCGCUAAUUCCCAGCUGUGUGACAAGAUGGUCCAGCACAUUUCAAAUGGUUUCACGCCUUCUUCAGGUGAAGGAUUCUGUGGCCCAGGUUGCAGAUGAGAUGGGAUGGGAUUGUCUCCUCCCAAGUGAAUGGAUCAGGAUAGCUGCUGUCAGAGAUCUGUUGUUGCCCUUUGCUGACCACACAAAAACACUUCAGAGUGACACAGUGUCGCUGUCUUUGAUUCUGCCAGCCCUACUGGAUUUGAUAACUCACCUCUCCCAGUUUGCUCUGGAGUCUUGUCACAGAGACAUGUGUGGACUGGCAAACAAAAUGAAAGCUGACCUGGAACGAAGGUUUAGCUGCUUCCUACAUCCUAGUGAGGCCAGAUUCUCUCCACUUGCAGCUGCAGCCUGCUUCCUUGACCCAACUGUGGCUGGAGAAACACUCAUUGAACACUCAGAUGAUGGAGUCCAGGAGGAACUUUUGAAAGAAGCAGAAAAAUACAUCUUAAGUGCCACUGCCUCCAUAUCAGCAACACAGAGGGUGGAUGAGUUGAAGAGGGAUGAUGGGGAGCCAUCGAGGGAUGUCGAAGAGGUGCCCCCAGAACGACCACGAUUUAAGUUUUUGGCCACCAAGUUGUCAUCCUCCCAUCAGUCAAAACAACCCAAGGCCAACUGUGCUCAACAGGAAGUGAGGAAAUACAAAGAUGAGCUUUUGUCUCAGCAGAUCCCAGAUUUUCAACAUGGCUUGGACUUUUGGUUGGCACAGACCUCAGUAGCGUAUGUGACUUUGAAGCCUCUGGCUCUGGAUUUACUUGCGAUGCCUGCAUCUCAGGCUUUUGCUGAACGAGUGUUCAGCAUUACGGGUGACUUGACAAGGGCCUGUCGCAACAGGGCAAGGGUCAUCUUGGAGAGAAGUGCCUUUCUAAAACUAAACCGGGAUAAGAUAGGAUAAAACCAAGACACAGAUUGAUAAUUGUUAGGCCUCUGUGCCUCACUCAUGUCCCUUUUUCCUUUCUCAAUGCUUUUAUAUUUUUCUACACUGUUUUAUAUGGCGUACUUUUGAAAAAGGUUUAUAUAAAUAGUGAAAACGGGUUUUGCACAGUUAAACGGUUUGUUAUUUUGAUGGCCCAUUAAUUUCCUUAUAACAAAUACUGAUUAGUAAAAGUGGGCAUGCAGUUAAGUUUUGAUGCCUUUUAACAAACACUGAAUUAAAAUGGGUGUGUGAUUAAAUGUGCUGGCUAGGUUUUGAUGCCCUUGUAAGAAAAUACUAAAUUAAAAUGGGCAUAACAGUUAAGCUGUUAUGAUCUUCUUUUGAUGUCAUAACCCUUUGAACCCGAUGCAGGGUCAAAAGUCUCCCGGAUUCAUUCUCCAUGUCAUGAAGUGUGGUUAUCUCUCCGGUGGAGAAAUUCUUCUUCAGGCUCGCUCCAUGUUAUGCCAUAUAUGGUAUUUUGAGCAUGUGCUAGACAGUCGGUCAGUCAGUCAUGGCACAUACUGUUUCAAGUCAGUGUACAUUCUUGGAGGACUGCUCAGAUGUAAGUUUUUCUUUUUACAGCCUGAGUAAAUAUUUGACUACAUUUGUGACAGAUAACUGUAGAUAAAAUGUAUUUAGGUCCAGGUUACAUCGAGGAGUUAGGGUUGAGCAGUUAGCCUAGCCUAGCCUAGCCUAGCCGGAGCACUCCAGCCGGUCCAGUUUAGCCAUGCCAUUUAGCCAAGACACAAAUGUGAAACUUUGUGUGUUCAUGUGCACCUGAAAACUUUAUUGUGUUUUCCACUCUGUUU